CAAUAACAACAUUUUUAGAGGCAGCAUUUGGCUUUUUUAGUUUAUAGUAGUUAAUGGUGAAAAUUCUCGUCUAGUUUAACUCCGAAAAUUAAAGAGACUGCCCCCACAACCCAGAAGUCUGCACAUAGCGAGUUAUAGGGACGUGCGUUUUCCAUUAAAAUAUAUAACGCGAAAGUCCAAGUGGAAACAGAAACAACCAAUUUCCCCGUAUGAUUUUCGAUUCUCGUAACAAAACGGAAUUUCUUAUUGGUGUGGGUGACGCAGUGUAUGAGUGUGUGUGGUGUGUGGUGCGUGAAAAAGCAAGGCGAGAGGCGCGUGCAUUACAAUAAUUGCACAAACAACAACAAAUCAACUAAAUAGAGUGAGGGGGGGUGGCCGUGGCUUUCUUCGUCGUCGUCGUGGAAGUGGAAGGGAGAGCAGCAGGAACAACAAAACGCCGAGAUUUGUUCCGUUCACCCCCCAAAUCAGCCUCCCCCGCGCCUUACCCACUAACUGUUGUUGUUUGUGUGGCAGGGGUGUUGUUGGAGCAUUGAAUAUUUCCGCGUUCACAAUAGGAAACCAAGAAUACGGUUAUACUAUGAACAAGUGGAAAGACUAGACAAACAACAGGAAUAAAAAUCGAAUAGCUGUAAGCGAGGCCGCGGCCAGAACCAAUCGAAGAACUGGCCUGGCCAGGACGCACGCACACACACACACCUUACACUCACACAUAAAUACCGACGCCGGCAGAAAUGGAUGUCCUGGAACUGUUGCGUUCGAGUGGCUCAAAUAUGUACAACAUAUUCUUAUCGGAUCCCUGGUGCCACUACGUCUCCACACAACUCACAGAAACGAUGUACCUGUACUGCGCCCUAGGCAUGCUCAGCCUGCUGUUCAUCGCCUGGUUCGUGUAUUUCAAGCGUCUGGCACGAUUGCGACUGCGCCACGAGAUCGCCCGCUCGCUGAGCGUGGUCACCCUGUCGCCGGGCGGGGAUCUGCGCGGACCACGCUUUCGCAAGCGCGACAAGAUGCUCUUCUACGGCAGACGCAUGCUGCGCAAGAUGAAGAACGUCAGCGGCCAGAUGUACAGCAGCGGCAAGGGCUACAAGCGACGAGCGGUGAUGCGUUUCGCCCGCCGCAUCCUUCAGUUGCGUCGCGACAACAUGCCGCUGGAGGUACGCACCGUUGAGCCGCCGGCGGAGUAUCUGGAGGAAACUAUGGAGGGCAGCGAUCGAGUGCCCCCCGACGCCCUCUAUAUGCUUCAGAGCAUCCGCAUCUUUGGGCACUUCGAGAAGCCCAUCUUCCUGCGUUUGUGCAAGCACACCCAUCUGCUGGAGCUGAUGGCCGGCGACUAUCUGUUCAAGAUCACCGACCCGGACGACAGCGUCUACAUCGUCCAGUCGGGCAUGAUCAAUGUGUACAUCAUGAAUGCGGACGGUAGCACGCUCUCCCUCAAGACGGUCCGCAAGGGCGAGUCGGUGACAUCGCUGCUCAGCUUCGUCGAUGUGCUGUCCGGCAAUCCCAGCUACUACAAGACGGUCACGGCCAAGGCAAUGGAACAAUCGGUGGUCAUUCGACUGCCCAUGGCGGCCUUCCAGGAGGUGUUCCAUGACAGUCCGGAUGUGAUGAUCCGUGUGAUUCAGGUGAUUAUGAUACGACUGCAGCGCGUUCUGUUUACGGCACUGCGCAACUACCUCGGCCUCAAUGCGGAGCUCGUCCAGAACCACAUGCGCUUCAAGGGCAGCAGCAGUCAGGCGCCCACCGGCUGCUGUUCGCAAACAUCGCGACAGGCCACCGCCGGCGCAUCAGCGUCGGCAACGGCAGCGGCCGCAUCAGUCGUCGGUACAGCCAUUAAUACGGCGGUGCCAAGGCCAAGCAGCUCCCUGUCGCGUCACUCACAGGACGAGCAGCACACGCUCUCCGAUCCGAAUCCGGGCAUACCAAACCUGGAGCUGGCCAGCGACACUGUGAACACACUGUUCGGCGAUGUGAAUGGCGGCGGCUUUAGGCUGAAUAGCGAACGGUUGUACCAUCAGCGGGAAUCGGACGGUAAUCUGGCCAAUCGUCACGGCUCCACGGCGCACCUGGACAACCCCGAGGUGGGCCCAGUGCCGUCCAUAGACAUGCGCCUGGUCAAAUCGUCGGCGGUGGAGAGUCUGCGCAAGGAGCUUGGCCUGCCCGAGCAGGAUGCCCACAUCAUAGAUCCGUUUGUGGAGGUGCGUGAAAUGGAAGCGAAUGUGACCCUCAUCACCGAGGGCAAUGCGGACGAUGUGUGCGUGUGGUAUGUGAUGACCGGCACACUGUCCGUCUACCAGGCCAAUGCGGAUGCCACGCGCGUCAAGCAGGACAAAACGGACAUGCUCAUCCACUAUGUGCAUCCCGGGGAGAUAGUCGGCGGCCUGGCCAUGCUCACGGGGGAGGCCAGUGCGUAUACGAUUCGUUCGCGGAAUAACAGUCGCGUGGCAUUCAUCAGACGUGCCGCCAUAUACCAGAUCAUGCGACUGCGUCCGCGCAUUGUGCUGGACCUGGGCAAUGGGGUGGUGCGGCGUCUGUCGCCGCUGGUACGCCAAUGUGACUAUGCCCUGGACUGGAUAUUUCUGGAGUCCGGCCGAGCCUUGUACCGACAGGACGAGAGCAGCGACAGCACCUAUAUCGUGCUCAGCGGCCGCAUGCGCUCUGUGAUCACACAUCCCGGCGGCAAGAAGGAGAUCGCCGGCGAGUACGGCAAGGGCGAUCUUGUGGGCAUCGUUGAGAUGAUCACUGAGACGUCGCGCACCACCACAGUGAUGGCGGUGCGCGACUCGGAACUGGCCAAGUUGCCGGAAGGUCUCUUCAAUGCCAUCAAGCUGCGCUACCCGAUUGUGGUUACCAAGCUGAUCAGCUUCCUUAGCCAUCGCUUUCUCGGCUCGAUGCAGGCGCGUCCCACUGGGGCACCGGGGGCGCCCGUCGAGGCCAAUCCCGUCACGCACAAAUACUCUACGGUGGCCCUGGUGCCCAUCACAGACGAUGUGCCGCUCACACCAUUCACCUACGAGCUCUACCACUCGCUCUGUGCCAUCGGUCCUGUCCUGCGUCUGACCUCGGACUUGGCGCGCAAGCAGCUCGGCUCGAACAUAUUUGAGGCUGCGAACGAGUACCGGCUGACCUCGUGGCUGGCACAGCAGGAGGACCGCAACAUAAUUACACUCUAUCAGUGUGAUAAUGCGCUGAGUCCCUGGACGCAGCGUUGCAUGCGACAAGCGGAUGUCGUACUGAUUGUGGGCCUGGGCGAUCACACGCAUGCGGUGGGUAAAUUUGAGCGCGAGAUCGAUCGCCUGGCGCUGCGCACCCAGAAGGAACUGGUCCUUCUCUACUCGGAGACGACGUCCUCCAAGCCGGCCAACACGCUAAGCUGGCUGAACGCGCGUCCGUGGGUGACCAAGCACCAUCAUGUGCUGUGUGUGAAGCGCAUUUUCACACGCAAAAGCCAAUACCGCAUUAAUGAUCUCUACAGUCGUGUGCUGCUGUCCGAACCAAAUAUGCAUUCCGAUUUCUCGCGCCUGGCCCGCUGGUUGACGGGCAAUUCGAUUGGUCUGGUAUUGGGCGGCGGUGGGGCACGUGGCGCUGCCCAUAUUGGUAUGCUGAAGGCCAUCCAGGAGGCGGGCAUACCCAUCGACAUGGUCGGCGGCGUCAGUAUUGGUGCGCUAAUGGGGGCACUGUGGUGCUCAGAGCGCAACAUUACCACGGUCACCCAGAAGGCGCGCGAGUGGUCGAAGAAAAUGACCAAAUGGUUCCUACAACUCUUGGAUCUAACCUAUCCGAUCACAUCGAUGUUCUCCGGCAAGGAGUUCAACAAGACCAUCCAUGAUACCUUCGGCGAUGUGAAUAUCGAGGAUCUGUGGAUACCCUACUUCACGCUGACGACGGAUAUCACCGCCAGUUGCCAUCGCAUCCACACCAACGGUCACCUGUGGCGCUAUUGUCGCGCCAGUAUGUCCAUCGCUGGUGUCUUUCCGCCAUUCUGUGACUAUCGCGACGGUCAUCUGCUCCUCGAUGGCUGCUACACAAAUAAUGUGCCAGCUGAUGUAAUGCACAAUCUGGGCGCCGCUCACAUAAUCGCCAUCGAUGUGGGCUCCCAGGAUGAUACUGAUCUGACCAACUACGGGGACGAUCUGAGCGGCUGGUGGCUGCUCUACAAGAAGUGGAAUCCGUUUACCUCGCCCGUCAAGGUGCCCGAUCUGCCCGACAUUCAGUCACGGCUUGCCUACGUCUCGUGCGUGCGACAAUUGGAGGAGGUUAAGAACUCGGAUUACUGUGAAUACAUUCGGCCGCCCAUCGACAAGUACAAGACCCUGGCAUUUGGCAGCUUCGACGAGAUCCGCGACGUGGGCUAUGUGUUCGGCAAGAACUACUUUGAGGCCAUGGCCAAGGCGGGUCGAUUGGGCAGAUUCAAUCAGUGGUUCAACAAGGAGCCGCCCAAGCGCAGCAACCACGCCUCGCUCAACGAGUACACCUUCAUCGAUUUGGCACAGAUCGUGUGCCGGCUGCCGGAGACCUAUGGCGUGAAUGCGCCGGAUCUAUUCAGCGAAGACGAAGACUGUGAUGGCUACAUAUCGGAGCCAACAACACUGAACACGGAUAUGCGACGCUAUCAGGUACCGCGUGCCGGCAACUCGUUGUCAUUUUCUGAGACUGAAAUGGACAUGGACUCGGAUGUGGAGAUCGAUUUGAAAAUGGAUCGCAAAAUGGACAAGUCGACACAGUUCACACCGCCACAGCAGAGCAAAGCGCAUAUGCUGCGGCGAAAGCAUUCAAAGGAGGAGGCCCGACACGAGUGGGAGAUAAAGCGCGAGCAGAAACAGGAGUUGGCGCGCGAGCAGGAUCUGGAGCGGGAAAAGGAACACAAUCAGAAGGGUCGACUGGUCGAGAUGGAUGGCGAUGGCGAGGUGGCGACUGGCGUCACCACACAGACCUCGCUGAUAUACACAGAGGACGAGGAAGAAAUGGACGCGACAAGGAUUCAAGCCAAUGAAAUGGCUGUGGAUAGUGCAGACGACGAAGGAAAGGAGCUGGAAAAGAAGAACAAAAGCGAGGCGAAUAACGAAACCAAAAACUAGCUAUAGAAACAACAAACACACCACAAUCAAGGCCAUGUUCAAUCAGCAAUCAGCAAAUCGCCUCCACAAGCAGCUGAACACCAACCAACCCAAUCAAUCUCCAACGAAAAACCAACUAUCAAAAAAACAAAUCGCUUAGACAAGGAAUUCGUUAACAUCUAGGUUUUAUAGCAACCAAGACAUAGGCUUAGCUUAGCGUACGUGUGCACCCCGUCCUUCCGUAUCAGAAACAGAACUGCAGUCCCGUGUCCUAUCCCAGUCCCAAUCCCCAUCCCAUCACGUCCCUUCCACACACUCCCCCCAUGAUUAAAGCCAUUUCAAUGGAGGUGGCACAACAGGUCCACAAUCUUUGUAUGUACAUAUAGAUAUAUAUAUAUAUAUAUAUAUAGAAAUAUUUUUACUGAGGCAAAGAGCCCGCUUGUUAACC